CCACGUAAGUAUGGACGAAAUCAAACUCCUCGCCUUUUCUUCUUCUCUGUCCGGUGCAAUUACUGUGCCAUUCCUCCUCCACCGAACUUGCAGAAAAGCCUGCAACAUCAAAAUUAAAAUCAUCCUUCUCUUCAACUCACUCCUCCAUCUCCCACCAAUUCACAUCAAACUCACAUACUUCGCAGCUACCGCACUAAUGUUUCUCACCGGAAACUCAAUAAAAUUCUUGCCAGCUGCGUUGAUUCCAAGAGCCCCGGAAUCCAACUUGGCAGAUUUGUCGAUCCCGAGUCCUCCCUCGCCAUGAAACCUCCGUACCCCCCCAAACAGAGCAUCCCCGCCGCCCUGUCCAUGCCGCUCCUCGUCCUCCUCUUGCUCUGCCUCUUCUCUUCCCCUGCCAAUUCUGACCUCGCCUCCGACAGAGCAGCUCUGGUCGCCCUCCGCUCUGCCCUCCAUGGCCGCCCCCUCCUCUGGAACCUCUCUGCCUCCCCCUGCUCCUGGGAAGGGGUCAAAUGCGCCCUCGGCCGAGUCAUCGAGCUACGGUUGCCCGGGAUGGGCCUGCGUGGUGAACUGCCAUCCGGCGUCUUCGGCAACCUCACUGGACUCCAGACCCUCUCUCUCCGGUACAACUCGCUGAGCGGCUCACUCCCUCCUGACCUCGCUGGCCUCUUCUCUCUUCGCAACCUCUACUUGCAGGGCAACAAAUUCUCUGGCCAGUUGCCAGACUUCUUGUUCUCUAUGCAGAGCCUGAUUCGCUUGAAUCUAGCUGCGAAUGAGUUCGACGGUGUGAUCUCGCCGCGGUUCAAUAGCCUCUCCGGGCUGAGCGCUCUGUAUUUAGAACAGAACAACUUUACCGGGUCGAUUCCUGAGUUGAGUUUGAGGCUUGAUCAGCUCAACAUGUCGUUCAAUCAUCUAAGCGGGGUGAUUCCGACCCCAUUCUCAGGCAUGCCUGAGAGCGCUUUUGAGGGGAACUCGCUCUGCGGGAAGCCCUUGAGCCCUUGCAAUGCAACAGCAGUGACGAGAGAUAAUAAGUUGUCCGGCAGAGCGAUUGCGAGCAUCGCGGUCGCUUCCUCGCUAAUGUUGUUGCUGGUCCUAGCGAUCGUUUUCUUGAUAUGUUGCAUGAGGAGUGCCAAGAAGAAGCACAGUCAUUCGAAAAAUAUUGAAGCUCCGAAGCAACCCAAAUUCGGCAUCCGCGCCAUCGGGAAAACUAGGGAUCCUAGCGGGUUUAACAGUCUGGUGUUCAUAAGGAAGCAACAAGAGAAUUUGUUUGACUUGGAAGACCUGUUGAAGGCUUCAGCUGAAGUUCUGGGGAAGGGGACUUUCGGGACAUCCUAUAAGGCUUCGCUGGGGACCGGAAACGCCAUGGCCGUGAAGAGGCUGAAGGACGUGAGCGAUUCCGAAACCGAGUUCGUGGAAAAAAUUAGGGAAAUCGGAUCAAUGAAUCACCCGAACUUGGUACCUCUGGUGGCUUACUACUAUAGCAGAGAUGAGAAGCUUCUGGUUUAUGAGUACAUGCCCACGGGAAGCUUGUCUGCUCUGUUGCACGGCGAUAACGGCGCCGGGUGGACACCGCUUAGUUGGGACACGAGGUGCCGCAUCGCACUCAGGGCAGCGGAAGCGGUCGCGUACAUCCACUCGCGGGGUCCCGAGGCCUCCCAUGGGAACAUAAAGUCGUCGAACGUCCUCCUGACCAAGUUGUACGAGCCCCGCGUCUCCGACUACGGCCUCGCCCGCCUCGCCGGCCCCGCCAUCUCCCCCAGCUGGUUCCACGGGUACCGCGCCCCUGAAGUGAUAGACAUCCGAAUCGUGUCCCAGGAGGCCGACGUGUACAGCUUCGGCGUGCUGAUAUUGGAGCUCGUCACGGGGAAGGCCCCCUCGACGUCGCUGCUGGCCGAGGAGGGGUUGGACCUCCCGAGGUGGGUCAGCGGGGCCGUCGAGCAGGAUUCGGCAGCCGAGGUUUUCGACGCCGAGCUGCUGAGGUACCAGAAUGUGGAGGAGGACAUGAUACGGAUGUUGCAGAUUGGGAUCGACUGCACCGAACAGAGUCCUGAUCAGAGGCCCUCCAUGGCCGAGGUGACCAAAAGAAUGGAGAGCCUGUCUCAGUUUCGCUCGCUUCAAGAACAACACUAGGAAUUGUCUUUGUUAACGUGUCUGAUGGAAGUGCAUU